AUGGAAUGGACUAGGACGGUAAGAACUGCUUAUACCAACAAUGUGGACGCUAAUUUCAUACUUCUUGAUUGGGAAGAGGAAGCAAAACAGGGGAGUUUCGGGUUUGCUCUGGGUUACGCGCUGUCAGGGAUUCCAAAUGCUAUGAAGGUCGGCGCACAGCUUGGAGAUGCAAUUCUUCAAUUGGAAGACGCGGGGGAAGAUUUGAACUCAAUGCAUUUAAUCGGUCAUUCAUUGGGUGCCCACCUUAUAUCUUACGCCGCUGAUAAACUAAACCAGUCAGGAAAAAUGGUUGGCAGAAUCACAGGCCUCGACCCUGCUGGUCCUUUAUACUCAGGACCGCCAUAUAACUCCGGGCUACGAGCGAGUAACGCUAAAUUCGUCGUCGGGAUUCACACAGACCCUGGGACUUACGGAACCACGAACAAUGUGGGACAUGUAGACAUAUGGGUCAAUUGUGGAGAAAGAUAUCAGCCUGGUUGUGACAACACAUUAAACUUACCAUUUGGGCAAGCUGAUUCUUGCAGUCACAACCGUGCUCCCUUAAUCUAUGCCGAAUCCCUUGGCAACACAACAGCAUUCCCGGCUAUUCAGGCGUCGGGCUGUGCUGACUGGAGAGCUAACUAUGAUGGACAAGGCGAUGUUAUCUACAUAGGAGAAAAUAUUGACCCGGGGUAA